GUAUACUGUAGGUACCUAUGUAGGUACCUGUGAGCAUGGGUGAAAAUGGUGGGGGCGGGGCAUACUACCUAGGUAAGUAGGUAGGUAGCUACUACCUCUGCUAUUACCUAGGUAGGCCGGUAGAGUUCGCUAAUCCUUCAUUUCUGAUUGGCUACGUUGGCCUCGGAUUUGAUGUCAUUACUGCCGCUGUCGGAAAGCAAAACUUUGGAUACCUAGGUGAAUACCUACUUACACUGCCUUCUGCUACUUCGUCACUUCUGUCGCAUCUGCUCAGUCACUUCGUUCAUUAUCCUUCGAAUUUGUAAUGCGACCGGCGUCGAGGAUCUGCCUGUGUCUUGGUCGCGGUGUUCCUCUAUUCAGAGCUUAGUAGCACCUCCCGGUGGCUAUCGCAAUGCCUACCUCCGUUCCUCUCCAGAAUCUUGCCCGGCGCGGUCUUGUCUUUCCUGUCCGUUCACGCCUCUCUCGCCAACUUUCCUGCGCCACCUACUCUUCGCCCGCGGCACGGUCGCGAACAGCACGCCAGGCUACCACAACCGUUCCGAUACCUCGCCCUUCAGCACGUGCCUUUAGCACAACUCGCCCACGAUUCUUCGCAAGCGUCGACGAGAGCUUCGACCCUGCAUCCAUUGAGAGGGAGAGCGAUGAAGUCGAUGUCUGUAUAAUAGGAGGAGGGCCUGCUGGGCUAAGUGCCGCCAUCCGUCUAAAGCAAUUGGCGAACGAGAGUGGCAAUGAAGACUUUCGAGUCUUGCUACUUGAGAAGGCCGGCGAGAUUGGUGCCCAUAUCCUCUCCGGUGCUGUCAUACAGCCAUCCGCCGUCAACGAACUCUUCCCCGACUGGCUCGACGAGGCAAACGAAAAUCGUUUCCAGUAUGCCACACCCGCUGCCGGAGACAAGAUGAGGUUCCUGACCAAAUCAUCGGCCAUACCCAUACCGACCCCGCCGCAGAUGAACAAUCACGGCAACUAUAUUGUCAGCUUAAACGAAUUCACUAAAUGGCUUGGCGAGCGGGCUGAAGAAGUAGGUGUCGAGGUAUACCCAGGCUUCGCAGCCUCAGAAGUUCUUUAUGACGCGGGCGGAUCCGUUAAGGGUGUAGCGACAAAUGACUUAGGUAUCGCCCGAGAUGGAAAACCCAAAGAUAGCUUUGAAAGGGGUAUGGAGUUUCACGCCAGGGUUACCAUGUUUGCCGAGGGCUGCCAUGGUAGCCUGACGAAACAAGUCAUCAACAAGUUUGACUUGAGGAGAGAUAGCCAACCUCAGACCUACGGUCUCGGGGUGAAGGAGGUGUGGGAGAUUGAGCCAGAGAAGUUUCAAAAGGGCCAGAUCGUACACUCCAUGGGAUACCCACUGCCAUCUGAUACUUACGGCGGCGCUUGGAUGUACCAUUUUGGAGACAACCUUGUGAGCAUUGGCCUAGUUGUCGCCCUAGACUAUCCGAACCCCUGGUUGUCGCCCUACGGCGAAUUUCAAAAGCUAAAGCAGCACCCUCUCUACAGAUCAGUUCUUGAGGGUGGUAAAUGUCUCUCUUAUGGUGCGAGGGCUCUAAAUGAGGGCGGCUUUCAGUCAAUUCCCAAGGUCGCUUUUCCUGGUGGGGCAUUGAUUGGUGAUUCUGCUGGCUUCGUCAACGUACCUAAAGUCAAGGGCACACACAACGCCAUGAAAUCUGGUAUGCUGGCUGCCGAAGCCGCUUGGAAUGCCUUGUCGGAUGGUGAUUCGAGUGCCGUAUUUCUCUACGACUACGAGACUUCUCUGCGAAAAUCAGAGAUUUGGAAAGAAUUGAAAGCGGUUCGAAAUAUGCGACCUUCCUUCCAAACACCCCUUGGUGUUUAUGGCGGAGUCGCGUAUUCCGGGCUGGAGGCCUAUGCACUCAAAGGGCGAGUUCCUUGGACAUUGAGGCAUAAGCACCGUGAUCACGAGGCCACGAAGCACGCUGAUCAAUGCCCAAAGAUUGAAUACCCCAAACCAGACGGAAAGAUCACAUUCGACAUCUUGACUAGUGUAUCUCGGACAGGAACAAAUCAUGAAGAAGACCAGCCGGUCCAUCUCCAAGUGAAGGAUUGGGAUGCUCAUACAGCUGAGACAUGGCCCUCAUACAAGGGUGUUGAGAACCGCUUCUGCCCUGCCGGUGUCUACGAGUAUGUGGAAGAUGAAUCAAAACCCCUCGGUGUCCGAUUCCAAAUCAACGCCCAAAACUGCAUACAUUGCAAGACAUGUGAUAUCAAGGCCCCUCAUCAAGAUAUCAACUGGGCCGUUCCCCAAGGUGGGGAGGGACCGAAAUACUAUAAAACCUAAACUGCCUAGGCCUUUAGUGAUACAAUUGAGGAGGGAGCAAAAUGACGUUUAUACCCGCGAAUACGCAUUGUGAGAACGUUUAAGUUAGGUCAUGAAGAUUUAAGUGUAUAUAUUGACAUAGAUACGGUGCUGGGCU